UGACAAAUUUAUACUCUGAUGAGGAACUCGGAUUUGAACUAUGGGCAAAGAAAAAUCAAAAAGUUAUGCUUAUAGCUGCAUUAUUGACAGUACUUAUUAUGUGUGUCGGGAUUAUUGGCAACAGCUUAACAAUUUUAGCUUUAAUUAGAAGUCCUCGAAUUCGAAACGUGGCAUCAACGUUUAUUAUAUGCUUAGGGGCUGCAGACUUGUUAUUUUGUAUCGCAGUUUUACCGUUUAGUGCAUCGAGAUUUUUGAACUUCAAUUGGACACAGUAUGCACCAUUAUGUUCUAUGGUGCCUUUUUUCCAAUACGGAAAUGUCGGCGUGUCAUUGCUAUUUAUUUCAAUGAUAACAAUUAACAGGUAAACUAACUUCUUUAUUUAUUUUAG